AUGUCGAGAUCUCGUCAAAUCCGCGGCGUUCAUUCGCCGGGCGGACAGAGUUUGACACUACAAAAGCUAAAGAUCCGGCCAGAGCUCUAUCGCGUGCAGACGGUGGGCCGGCUGGUGCUGGCGGGCAGGUUCGGGGCCCAACUGCGCGAACUGCGGGUCAGGUUGCGGCCUUUUUCUACAGCAGUGACUAAAAUUAUCGAGGUCUUAUGGGACCAAAUACCGUCGGUGGCAGAGAGGAGGUCGAAUAUGGUGGCACUGCAGGACAGAUCCUCGACGUUGGUCAAUGCUGCGUCUUCCGCAAUUUUCGGGGCAUAAUUUCUCCACCAAUGGCGGCACGACGACCGGCGUGGGGUGCGUCUUCGUGCGCCUCUUGGCCUGGGGAAAGAUUACCAUGUUCGCCCGAGGGGCGUCCAUGGGGCGCUGGGCGAGGGGAUGCCGGCAAAAUGAUGAAGCGUCGCGCCCUGGACGCGUCGUCUUGUCCCGCUGCCCCUCAUUGCGGGCGCCAUUAUUUUCCGUGUAUAUCGAUAGGCCUGCCAAUGGGAGGGGUACUUCAGCCCUACUCCAGACGCCGACGCAGACGCCGACGCAGACGCCGACGCGUGACGCGCCGCCGCUCACGAUAUUUGCCCUCUCAACAUCGUCCGCCUGAUAUCCGCUUCUUAUCGAUCCUCCGUGGGCUUCAGACGAAACCACUGAUUCAAUUCCUCACCUGAUACCAAAAGUCGAGCAACCAUGGCGCCGCUCGAGGUCCUGAUGGUACGCCUACCCCUCACAGGAGCAGCAGGUCCAUGCUCAAUACUUUCUUUGCUUUUCCUCAAGCU